CAGGCCGCGCCCCCGGCAGCGUCACGGCGAAGGGCCGGGCAGGCCAGGCCGCGGGGGCCGCGGCGGGCAGCGGGAGGAGGCGCCGAGGAGCCGGGCGAUGGUGGGGAUCCCGAGCGGCUGCCAGGGGCAUGACUGUGGCAGGCCAGGUGUUGGCCUUUCACUGCAGCUGCUCCAUCUGCAGAGCCAGGUGCAGAUAGUCCCCACCGACAGCAAAACACAGCUGGGAAGAGUUAAGAGCAGCCUCACAAGGUCCUGUUUCACCUGGGCAAAGCACACUCCGGAGCAGAAUUGCCUCAGCACCACAGCUCAAGGAGCUCUUCCCAGAAUGCUGCCUUUUAAGCGCUUGUGCCAGCAAACCCAAGCCCCCUCUGGAGAAGCUUUGCUGCUGGAUGCCUGUUUUUCAUCUCCUGCUCCAGGGAGCUUGCCAGGAGGAGCACAGAGCAGGAGCAGGUCCCUCUUUCUCUUACAAAGAGUUGCUGGUGAGAAGAGGGUGCCAGUGAUGCCCGGAUCGCCUGUGGAAGUGAAGAUCCAGUCCAGGUCCUCUCCUCCCAACAUGCCACCACUGCCCCCUGUGAACCCCGGUGGCCCCCGGCCGGUCUCCUUCACCCCGACUGCAUUGCCCAACGGAAUAAACCAUUCCCCACCGACGCUGAACGGGGCACCAUCCCCCCCCCAGAGAUUCAGCAACGGGCCUUCCUCCUCCUCCUCCUCCUCCCUGACGAACCAGCAGCUCCCUGCCACCUGUGGUGCCCGACAGCUCAGCAAGCUGAAGCGCUUCCUCACCACCCUGCAGCAGUUCGGCAACGACAUCUCGCCGGAGAUCGGGGAGAAGGUUCGCACCCUGGUCCUGGCGCUGGUGAACUCCACGGUGACCAUCGAGGAAUUUCACUGCAAGCUGCAAGAGGCAACCAACUUCCCCCUCCGGCCAUUCGUGAUCCCCUUUCUGAAGGCCAACCUGCCCCUGCUGCAGCGUGAGCUGCUGCACUGCGCCCGGGCUGCCAAGCAGACGCCCUCCCAGUACCUGGCACAGCAUGAGCACAUCCUGCUCAACACCAACACCACGUCCCCUGCAGACUCCUCUGAGCUGCUCAUCGAGGUCAACGGCAAUGGCAAGAGGCACAGCCCAGACAGGAGGGAGGACAGCAGCUUUGAGAGGGAGCCGCUGCCGACAGAGCCUCCAGCCAAGAGAGUCUGCACCAUCAGCCCUGCGCCCCGGCACAGCCCUGCCCUCACAAUCCCUCUGAUGAACCCUGGGGGACAGUUCCACCCUACCCCACCACCCCUCCAGCACUACACCUUGGAAGACAUUGCCACCUCCCACCUCUACAGGGACCCCAGCAAGAUGUUGGAGCACAGAGAGAUGCGGGACAGGCACAGUGGGAUUGGUCUGAAUGGAGGCUACCAGGACGAGCUGGUGGACCACCGCUUAACGGAGAGAGAGUGGGCUGACGAGUGGAAGCAUCUCGAUCACGCCCUGAACUGCAUCAUGGAGAUGGUGGAGAAGACGCGGCGCUCGAUGGCGGUGCUGCGGCGCUGCCAGGAGGCUGACCGGGAGGAGCUCAACUACUGGAAGCGGCGCUGCAGCGAGGCUGAGCCGCGCAAGGCUGGCGGCGAGCUCCUGGCACGGCACAGCCCCGGCGCCUCCGACUCCCUGGGCAGCGAUUCCUUGCGGGAGUUCAGCAGCAGGGCAGGAACAGGCUACGUCACCGAGGAGAUCUGGAAGAAAGCUGAAGAAGCUGUGAACGAGGUGAAGCGCCAGGCCAUGUCGGAGGUGCAGAAGGCAGUGGCCGAGGCCGAGCAGAAGGCCUUUGAGAUGAUCGCCUCCGAGAGGGCUCGCAUGGAGCAGACCAUCGCCGACGCCAAGCGCCAGGCCACCGAGGAUGCUUUCUUGGUCAUCAACGAGCAGGAGGAGUCCACAGAGAGCUGCUGGAACUGCGGGCGCAAGGCCAGCGAGACCUGCAGCGGCUGCAACAUCGCCCGCUACUGCGGCUCCUUCUGCCAGCACAAGGACUGGGAGCGGCACCACCGCAUCUGCGGCCAGAGCCUGCACGGCCAGAGCAAGCCGCUGGCGCUGCCCGCCCGAGCCGCCGCGGCCAAGGCGCUCGACGGCGUCGCCAGCCCUGCCCUCGAGAAGACCUCGGCCACCACCUCCCGCUCCUCCACCCCGGCCUCCGUGACAGCCAUAGAGACAAACGGACUCUGAAGGGCAGGUUUGGCUUCAGCCCUCUUGAUUCCUUUCCCUGGGGAGGGGGGGUUUAAGGCUAAGCCCUCCCCCCUCCAGCAACUGGUACCAGCUGCCGCCUUCGACACCUGGCUCUCAGCACUUGGGCUCUGCCUCCCCGUCCUGCCCCUUUUCUUUUGUGGCUUGUGAAGAGCUGGGGCCAGCCCCUGCCUGCGGCACCUCCCUGCCUGUCUCUUUGCAGGGGGGUCCCAGAGCGUCACUCAGGACCUGGAGGAAGUGAGGCAGUGCCUGGG